UUAAAAAGGCUGCCCCGCCUGCAGGUGAGCGGUGGAGCGGGAGAGCCAGCCCCGUCUCACUGCCUGCCCACUGGAGUGGCAAAUCCCUUGCGUAGGCUGUCCCCUCUGGAGCCUCAGCAGAGCCUUCCUUCAGAACUACCAAGAGCCCUGAACAGGAGCCACCAUGCAGUGUUUCAGCUUCCUUAAGACCAUGAUGAUCCUCUUCAAUUUCCUCAUCUUUCUAUGUGGUGUUGCCCUGUUGGCCGUGGGCAUCUGGGUGUCGAUUGACGGGGCGUCUUUCCUGAAGAUCUUCGGGCCGCUGUCGUCCAGUGCCAUGCAGUUCGUCAACGUGGGCUACUUCCUCAUCGCUGCCGGUGCUGUGCUCUUCGCUCUCGGUUUCCUGGGCUGCUACGGUGCUCAGACUGAGAACAAGUGUGCCCUCAUGAUGUUCUUCCUGAUCCUCCUCCUCAUCUUCAUCGCGGAGGUGGCAGCUGCUGUGGUCGCCCUGGUGUACACCACCAUGGCUGAACACUUCCUGACGUUGCUGGUAGUGCCCGCCAUCAAGCAAGACUACGGUUCCCAGAAGGACUUCACCCAAGUGUGGAACACCACCAUGGAAGGGCUCAAGUGCUGUGGCUUCAACAACUACACAGAUUUUGAGGGCUCUCCCUACUUCAUGAAGAACCAUACCUUUCCCCCGUACUGCUGUGCCGACAACGGAAAUGGCACCGCUGUAGAACCCUGCACCGAGGAGAAGGCUAAGGACAAGACUGUACAGGGUUGUUUCAGCCAGCUUCUGUAUGACAUCCGGACCAACGCUGCCACUGUGGGUGGUGUGGCAGCUGGAAUUGGGGGCUUGGAGCUGGCUGCCAUGAUCGUGUCCAUGUAUCUGUACUGCAACCUGAAAUAGUCUGCUUCUACCUCCGCCACCGCGGCUGCCACCCAGGAACCCGGGAGGGCACCCUGGCACUGCCAAGCAGCAGUGACUGGGGUGGGGACAGGAUCCAACGGUGUCACUUGGGCCAGAGAGGGCUGGCCUUGCUGCUCUGGACUUGGGGCCAAACAGGGGACGGCCCACUUCAGGCUGUGCCUGACUUUUCCUUCCAUGGGCGGGGGUGUGGGGACAGAAGCCCAUACUUCCAGUCUGUCCCUCAAACCCUUGACACCCUGUGGCACCCAGGGGUGCUCUUGGUGAUCCCAGCAGCCCCUGGGGGAUGAGAGAAAGACACCCCAUUGCACAGGCAUAUGUAAAACCGGCAGGCACUGGGCGGAGAUGUAGAAGGAACAACAGAACUCAUCACCCAAUUAAAAUGUCUCCAUUUGGAA